AUGUUGAAACCACUAAUACUCGCGGGCUUGUCGCUACUCGUGGCAUAUCUCUACAAUAAGCUACGAUACAAGCGUUUCCAACAGCAUGCUGGUAUUCCUCAGUUGCCCCCUUCACUACUGCUUGGUCAUCUCAAGCUGAUGGGUGAAUACCUUGCACGUGGCCCUGCAGACCGUCAUCCGGAUAGCGUUUUCAUACAAAUGAACGAAGAUCUAGGCAGACCACCGCUGAUGCUUGUGGAUCUGCGCCCUGUCAAUCGUCCGAUGGUUCUUGUUCGUAGCCAUGAAAUCGCCGAGCAAGUAUCAAGGGCCUCUAAAAUCUUUCCAACCAGUACUCCCAAAGCCAAUCCAAGAUAUUUGGAACCUGUCAUUGGUCCAACAUCCAUACUUGCUUCACAUGGUGAAGAGUGGAAAGCACUCCGGAAAAGAUUUAGCCCAGGGUUCGCACCCCGGCAUCUUAUAACUAUGUUGCCUUGCAUUCUGGAUAAGACUAUUAGCUUUGUCGAGCAUCUAGACUCAUUCGUGAGAACAGGCGAUGACUUUUCGCUUGUUCCUUUUGGGGUUAAUCUAACGUUCGAUAUAAUUGGCGCGGUUGUUAUGGGCGAGGAUCUUCACGCCCAACAUACCAAUCCCGAUAGCCAGAGCGAGCUUAUACGAACUUACAGGGAGCUACUCAGUGCCUAUGCAGAUGACAAGGCAGACCUACCUUGGUGGCUGAUUCCUCGGACGAUAUUGAAACGUCGUCGUCUUGGAAAACGUAUUGAUACGAUCGUGAAAGCUAUAAUCCAGCGAAACCAUACCGUCAAAAGAGAUAACGCCCGCAGCAUCCUCUCACUCGCUUUACAGGAUACCGAAGUUCUUACACCCCAGCUUAUAAAUGAAGCCUGCGAUCAAAUUAAAACGUUCCCAUUUGCUGGCCACGAUACUACUAGCACAGCCAUCGCAUGGAUAUUGUACGAACUAUCACUGACACCGCACGCUUUGAAAGCCGUUCGUACCGAACUCGACGAUAUUCUUGGUCCGGAGACCGGCGUGGCCGAAAUACGGGCAAAGCUUCUUUCCCAUGAUGGCCCAGAUUCAUUGCGCCGCAUGAAAUAUAUUGCAGCUGGCACUGUACGGACACCCGACGGCCAGGACCAUUGUCUUGAUGGAAUGAUAAUAUAUAACUGUGAAAGUCUCAUACACCGGGACCCUGAUGUUUACGGUGAUUCGGCCAAUACCUUCGUACCAGAGCGAUGGAUCGGGGAAGACGAUGAAUUAUCUAAGAAGCAUUCGACCGACUUACCUCCCAACCAAGUCCCUCAUAGUGCUUGGAGGCCCUUCGAGCGUGGACCUCGCAGCUGCAUCGGACAAGAGUUUGCCAACAUCGAAUUGCGUGUCAUCAUUGCUGUUGUAGCCCGUCGAUAUAACUUCGUGAAGGUUGGUCUUGGCGAGAUUGAGAUGGACGAAAUGAAUCUACCAGUUAGAGCUAACGGAGGGCGGUUUAAGGUCAAGUCAGAACUCUACAACACACGACAAGUCACUUCUAAACCAGUGGACGGGAUGAGAAUGAAAGUGAAAAUAGCAUAA